AUGGGCUUUGGUGGGUUUGGCUGCAGCGUCCAGGGAGGCGUGUGUUUUACGACUGCCACUGAGGGGUAUAGCGCCUUUAUGAAUCCGGGCAGCAAACACAGCAGAAACAGCGUGCUCAACCCUGUGCCGGCAAUGCGAUGCUGUGCAGCUGAAGGCUCAUUGAACUUGAUAUCAGCAUUCUCUGCAAGAGGCUGUCGUCGGAGCGAUGAGUUUUUCUCACCGCCUUUGCGCGCUACAGCGGUAGAGGAAACGUGUACUCCCCAAACCUCUGCUGCCGCCUUUCUAUGCAAGGGUGUACCUUCUCUGUCACGGAGAUGCUGCCGACAGACACUUCCUACUUCCUCUCUUCCUCUCUCUCUGCUUUCAGAGGGCGAGAUACGAUAG